AGUUGUUUACUGUCUGGGAUAGAGUGCGCACGUUGAAUGAGCAAUGGACUCGUGGGAGAACGAUGAAGCUAUACAGCGAUUCAGGGAAUAUUUGAAGAUACCUAGCGUGCACCCGGAUGUCAACUACGAUGGUUGUGUGGAAUUUCUGAAGCGGCAAGCCAACGAGCUCGAUCUGCCCAUGGUGGCUCACGAGCUGGUACCGGGGAAACCCGUGGUGGUGAUCACAUGGGAGGGCAAAGACCCACGGCUCCCGGCCAUACUCCUCAAUUCACAUAUGGACGUCGUCCCUGUUUAUGAGGAAUGCUGGACUCAUCCACCCUUUGAAGCUAAAAUAUCCGAAGAGGGUUACAUCUACGCCCGCGGCACCCAGGAUAUGAAGAGUGUGGGGAUGUUCCACCUGGAGGCUGUGCGGAGACUGAAGGCAGCUGGCGUCAGGUUGAAGAGAACUGUCCACGUAUCUUUUGUUCCUGACGAAGAGAUUGGUGGAGAGCAUGGGAUGAAAGCGUUUGCUCAGUCGGAGCAGUUUAAAGCCUUGAACGUGGGGUUUGGACUCGACGAAAGCUGCCCGACUACGAACUCGAAGGUGAUUCAAGCUUUCAAUGGGGAAAAAACCAAUCGACAGUUGAAAGUAACCUGCAGAGGAAAGCCUGGACAUGGUUCGUUACUUCAGCCUAACACAGCAGGGGAAAAGCUUCAUUUCGUGUUGGACAGAUUUAUGAUGUAUAGAGCAGGAGAAAUGCAAAAACAAGCACGAGGCGGAUGGGUCGGCGACUUGGUCACCAUCAAUUUAACUCAGAUUGAGGGUGGCGUUCAAAUCAACGUGUUACCAGAGAGCCUUAGUCUUUAUUUUGAUGUCAGAAUACCGCCCACAAUUGACCACGACGAUUUUGACAAUAUGAUCAGGAAUUGGUGUAGAGAAGCGGGUGAGGAUGUUACCUUCGAGUAUGUCGGGAAUAACGCCUCGGUCGAGAUCACAAACAUUGACGAAUCCAAUCAGUUUUGGACAGCUCUUCUUGGUGCAGUUAGAGAAAUAGGCUACGACAUCCACUGCAGGAUCUGCCCCGGCACCACGGACGCGCGCUUCGUGCGUCAGCAAGGCAUCCCUGUCAUCAACUUUACCCCGAUACUCAACUCACCAGUAUUGCUGCACGCUCAUGAUGAGAGGAUCCAUGUUGAAGUGUUCCGAAGAGGGAUUGCUAUAAUGGAAAAGGUGGUGGAAGCUGUUGCAAACAUUUAAGGACAAGAAUGUAAUUAUUUUAUUAAAUAGGUAUUACCUACUUCAGUAAAAAUAAAUGGUAUCUAAACUCCCACCUCGGACUCGCGCUUCGUGCGUCAUCAUUGUCAGCCAAGCAUACCUGUCAUCAACUUUACCCCGAUACUCAACUCACCAGUAUUGCUCCACGCUCAUGAUAAGAGAAUCCAUGUUGAGGUGUUUCGACGAGGAAUGAUUAUUAUGGAGAAGGUGUUGGAAGCUGUUGCCAACAUUUAGGGACCAGAUACUUCGUCAGCAAGGCAUAUCCCUGUCAUCAAGUCUACCACGAUACUCAACUCGGCAGUAUUACUGCACGCUCAUGAUGAGAGGAUUCACGUUGAGGUUUUCCGACGACGAAUUGCUAUAAUGGAGAAGGUGGUAGAAGCUGUUGGUAACAUUUAGGGACAUUGACAUAUACCUACUUUAUUAAAUAUUUUCACCAUG